AUGGCUAUAGAAUAUCUUGACCAGGCAAUGGACCUACUCCAGAGUGAUUUUAUUGCAAAGUCUCGAUCAGUAUUGCGGGAAGCUUUUGAGUUGGUGUCAAGACUCGAUUCAAGGAACUUUAAAACGCCAUCCUACUACGACGUACAAGUAGUAGAGCGUGGUGAGGAACUUUUCUGGACUUGGGGAGGACAAAAAGGCGUGAGUUGUUCUGUUAAACAUGGUAUCAUCACUUUGGAUUCAGGUAAUGCACGUUUUUAUGCACGGCUGCUCAACGUUCUCGGAGCAUUUGCCACAGAAACGUCAGAGUUUCAGAUUGCUGAAAGAUCAUUCAGUAUUUUGAUUGAGCUCCACGGACAAUCAGAUUUAACAAGUCGUUUGCGUGGUAUGGGAGCUUCUUUUAAUAACAGAGGCUGCAUUUUAUUGAUAACAGGCGAAUACAAGCAGGCGAGCAGCGAUUUCCAGAAUUCGCAAAUACAUUUAAAUUGCUGCAAGAAUGAACAAUUCUGCGGUCCAACCAUAGACUCUAUGCUGAUUGCAGUGCAAAGUAACACAUGUCGUUUAGACAUGUCUUGUAGAUACUUUUCUAAGGCAGUGACGGAACAGAAACCACUGGUCGAAAAAUGCAAAGCAGAGGAUAAUGAGCUGCCGUUUCAAACAGCUUUUAUGGUUUUGCUAAACCAAGCAACAUUGUACACGACUCUCGCCAUGUUCGCACAAGCAGAAAAAGAGUUAAAGUUCCUUAAAACGCUCUGCGAGAAAAUGAAAAGAGAUGAGUGUGACUUGUUACUGAAUUUUGUUCGUCUCCAACUCGGCGAGGUAUUGCUACUUCGUGCCAAACAAGAUGAAGCAGAAAGAGCAUUUCCUUUUGAAGCGUUAACUUCGGCAAGCCUACAGGAACUAAUGCCAGUGUUCCAGGGACUUCACGUAAACGUCAGGAUUGAGUCAUUUGAAAAGAUGAUUGAUGUCCUUGUCCAAACCGGAAGAAUUAAAUUUGCGAGAGAGCUUCUUGAAAAGGGUUUGAAAUUUGUCAAGAAAGUUUUUGGCUUCGAUCAUUUCAACGUCGCUUCAUUGUUAUACAAGCAAGGAACGAUUUUGAGACUUACGGGUGAGUUAGCCAGUGCACUCAAGAAAUUUGCGGACGCAAAGGAGAUAUGGAGACUAAUCUUUGGCGAAAAGCACCUACUCCUCAUAAACUGCUACACGUCACUUGGUGAUAUAGCCUUUCGAUUAGACCGUGCAGGAGAAUCAAAUCUUUACUUUCAGUGUGCAAUGAAGAACGUAGAGAUCAUACACCAAGUUUCACUUCACGACCAGCUCUCCAUGAAGUACCUUGCACUGACAGGAAGCACUAAAGACAACUCACAUUGGGAAUAUCAACGGAGAGAAAUACGGGACGAAAUAGUUGAAGGUCUUGUUGCAGAGUAUGGGCUAGCGUUAGCUGUUCUGGUUCCGCAGCUAGGAUUAAGAGACAUUCAUGCCUCCCGAAAGAAAAGGCAGAAGGGAAAGCAACAAGAAGUUGGCAGAGUGGUGACAGUUCAACAUUCUGAGUCCACUUUGAUAAUUUCUCAGAAAUGCAUGCGUGACCUUUUACAAAGUGGCAAGAAGUUCCUUCAGCACGGAAUGACCAAAGAAGCCCUCGCCUUCUUUAAAGAAGCAAGCAGGUACGGUAUGACAAACAAUAUCGCUUGUCCCAAUGCAGCAUUGGUCCACAUGUACACUAUCAUCAGCCAGACAAAAUUGACAAGUACAAACACACUGAAGAUCCCUGAUUUGAAAAGUUAUUUAGAGGAAGUUAAGGCUGAAGCAGAAGCAAUUGGUAAUGAAAACAGCCAUGAAGGGCACUCAGAAGAAGAAGAAAUGUUACCGUUUGACAAUCAGAUGACUUUGAAGCUAUUGUUGAUAUUUUUUCUGUUCCUGUCCAUUCACCUACAAGCGCAUGAUACCACUUUUGCUGCGUACGAUUUUUAUGCCAGCCAAUUUCCAAAUGAAGACCAAUGUUUUUUAACUCUCGAUGGCGAACUUCAAGUUUACGCUUCCAGAAAGUCAGUAACUUGCAAUGGACAAACUGCAGUACAAGACGUAUUUGUUUCCUCAUCGAUUUUUGAAAACAAAAGCGAUUGGGUGUGCAACCUCGAUGGAAAUCCUUUAUUCAGAAGCUUAGCCUACAGAAGCAAUAAGCCAAGUUGUAAUUUGGUUGCAGCUCUCAGUUCACCUUUCCUUAUGGACAUCGAUGAUGUGAAGAAGUUGGAACAGAAGGUAUUGCAUUCCUUCCAAGAGUUUGUUCAACUCAAAUGUCUUGGUUUUGAUAGCAAUGCAACUCAGGCUGUUGUUGAUCUGACUUCCUUUUGCGAGCAGGAUAUCAUGACAUGUGGCGGCCGUAUUGAGCUCCUGCCUCUCUGCCUAUUUGAACAAGUCGGCCAGAGCAAGAUACCCAUCGGACGUGGGGCCAUUUCGGAGAUGACCCCUGGUUUGUGCGAAAGAAUAACAUGCAUGAGCUUUACCGAUAAGCAGACAACUUGCGCCAUGUUUAGCAAGAUUUCUCUUUGGUUUCUUAAGAAUUGCACUUGGGAGGACAAGUCGACCCUGAGGCCACAAGAUGAGUGUCUAGUCCUUACAUCCGUCGAUCCAGUCAGAGCUAGGGUGACCCUUUGGCAUAAGGAUUUAUCAAUCAUGCAGAAGGUUCAAGUCAUACGUAUUACUGACAGGACAACCCAGCUGGACGAAGUGAGGCAAGAAUUUAACUUCCACGAAGAUUUUUACAGCCGUUCAAGUCCUUGCUGCAAAGCUAUUGAGCAAUUCACUGAACCACUCAUAGGCACACAUGGAGUGGGAUGCAAGGUCAAUGUGGUGCGAAGGCAAUGUGCCUUCUCGGAUGGACCUCAGAAUGCCCUCGAUAAUUGCUUGGAAGCAACUGUUCUUCUCUCACAUGAUGCUCAGCAAGAAAAGGAAGAUUCUCUAUUUUACAGUGAAGAAAACGUAAGUUGCUUAACUGGCUGCCUUUUUUGUACAUAUGAGUUGAACAGCAUGGUAAAAAUAGCAUGCUGAAAAUAUUUUGGAAUAUUAACUAUCAUCAGUUAGCGGUCACAGAAGAAAAGUUGUUAUUCUGAAGAGGAGAAUAAUCGCGGCAUAACAAGACAGCAUUGUUUCAGUCAACACCCUUUUAUUAUGUGAUGGUAUCAAUAUCCUGAAUUGCGCAUAUAGAAAUGCUUGAACUAAGUAUUUUAAUACUUGGUCAGGUCUGUCAGUCAACACUCUGCCUAGAGGGCAGAAUCUCCUUAUAAUACUGGCGGUGGAGUUACACGCCCCCCCGCGUGUCUCCUUUCUUUAUUGAAUCAAAUUCUAUUUCCCCCUAUAAAUCAAUAUCACUACCCUUCGGCUUCAUAUGAGACACCUCGAACUACCUUUUCACACAUCAGUCAGUCAGCCAUGGCAACAUGCAGGUCCUAAAACCCAGUUCCAGUUUCCUCGAUAUGUUGUCGAUUAGGGUUAACUUUGUAGAUCUCUCCGAAAUAGCGGCUCAAUCUCCUAAGGAGUAGACGGUUUAUGGUUUCCUCUUCAGUUCGAUAGUUUUGCCCCGUUCAAUUGAGCAUUUUUCGCUCAAGUUCCUUUGAUACAAGUGGAAAAUAUUCUUUACUGUCUUUGCCUCAUAACACGGGGUAGAUGUAUCAAGGCUAUCCUUUCAGUAGGUCCAUACUGUGGAAAUAAUACCCCAUACUUUGCCUUGCAACUAUUGCUUUUUAUUUCUUAGGAGGAAUCUCCGAGAACAGAUGUUCAAGUAAGUACUCUGAAGUUACUGACAGAAAUCAGUAAGUUAUCCCGUGAACUCUCUGAGAACGAGAUACGACCCGAAGAUGAAAUUACAACGCACGUUGGGAAAUCAACUCUGGGUGACAUAGCCAGUCCCCCUGAUGAAGAGUCAAUGUCAUAUCCUGAACGAAGUUUGACGUCUAGUGGUGCUGCUGGGGAAACUAUGUUCAGUGAUUUUGAGCAGACGUCCUGCAGUUAUGAACGUGAUACUCAGAGUAUCGAUUCAUCAAGUUCGAGAUCUCAUCAUCCCGUGAACACAGAGAUAGAUCAACUACCAGUCAAGGAAAAAGUUUUAGAGGUUCACUCAAAGGACGAUGACGUCUCUUUAGGAAGGAAAUUAUUUGAGGAAGACAAAGAAUCAAGAAAUUCAUUUAUAACAGAAAUUCAAGGGCGCUUAAGAAAAAAGGAAAUGCGCCAGGAAAUGAACUCGAAAGGAAACCAUCUGCCUGAAAAUAUGGAGCCUAAGGACGAAUUGAGCUCAUUGUUGGAAGCUUCAGGAGAUGAAGCCAGUCAGAAUGUCUUUAGCAAAAAUAUUUUCGCAAGUUUUGGCGGAGGGAAAGAUAUGUAUGGGGAAAACGUCUCUAAAGAACAUGAAACUGUACACAUCUUUCAAAAAGAAAACACAAAUGAGGCAAAAAAUAGAGGAGGGGGUCCCUACAGCUCAAAACCUUUGAAUUACUCAGCAAGUCAGAAAGGAACGUGGGAAGAUCAGUCAAGUAACGAAAAAUCGGCUGUUCGAAUUGCUUUGCUAAGCCCUGGCGACACGGGUGCUAUCGCCAAUGAGCCUUGCGGAGUUUUAACGUCAGAUUGUGACAUGGUUUUCUAUGAUUGUCAUCAUGAAGGAAAGUGCGAACUUCAAAUGGGUCCAAGAGAAAUUAGCCAAGAUGAGAACGCGGAAAGAAGAGCGGUAGAUGGAAAUGGAGUGUUACAAAAGAAUGAAAACAUUCAAACAAACGAUAAAGACUCGACUCAAAGCAAAUGCAGCGUUGAUCUUAAUGUCAUCGCAAACAGUACUUCUAGAAAAGAAGUUUCAGUAUCUGGUUCUUUGGAGAAAAACUUUGCAUAUUUCCAUGGUGAUCAUAGUAGAUCAUUGGCAGUCACAGAGCUGGCUGUGAAGAGAGUCGAAAGCCAUGUUGAAAUUCAUGGUAAAAAAUUUCCACGAGAUUUCGGUGAUAGAAGGUAUGGCAAUGAAACGGGAAAAUUAAGUAAAAAAGACGCUAAAAAUGGUGGGAAUAAAGAAGUUUCCAUCAAAUCUGGGGAACAAAAUAGUAUCCUUCUUCCCAUAGAAAGCUGUUUAGCCUCAGGUUGUCAUUCCUCAAAUCCUUCCCCGCAAGGAAGCAAAGAUGUAAUCGAUGGUUCAAGCUCACCCAAUUCAAGCACACAAGACAGAGAAAAAGUGGAGACCAGUAGUUUUUUAGAUUCGUUCCAGAGGAAAUGUACUGAAGAGGAUAAUCAUUUUAGUAGACCUUUUUUGGAAACAACUGAAGACGUAUUUAGUGGUGGUCCAGCCUUGCCAAAUAUAGAAUAUAUUAGCAAAAAUUGUAUGCAAAACAAUUCCCGAUCUACGUUUUAUGGGGGUGACGUAAUAGCUGAUGGGUAUACACCAGAGGUCACUUCGCAACGAUCUGAACAAUGUACGGUCAAUCCUGCUUUAAAAGCUGUGGGCUCCUCCCAGCCAAAUGCCGAGGAGGAUGGAAUAAUUCUCGAAGGGGGCAGAGCAGACGGAGGCGUUGUUGGUUUAAAGAAUACCGACGAGCGGAAACAUAUCCACAAUCACUGUCCGAACAAUUCUGGAGAUCCUGAUGUAAUCGAUGGUCCUGUAGAGCAAAAGUCUUCAAAAAACACAGAUAUCAGUCACUCGCACCUUAAUCUUGGUGGCGCGAGACCAAAGCAGAGUCUCUUUGUAGCAGGAAACGGCUAUUCUCCCAGCGCCGGUCGAGUCGAUUUAACAUAUGCUUAUCCACCCGUGGAAAUCGGCGCUGGUUUAGAUCCUGAAUUUGUGGAGCGCCAUGCUGUCAACAACAGCCUGCUAACAUCUAGAUUAUACAACACCAACGUCAAUGGGGCAACGUGGGACGAUCCUGGAGAAAGCAAUACUCUGGAGCAUUACGGCACUGUAAACAGUAUGCACAGGCUAACAGCCUACGGGCCCCUAAAUAGCCACUUGUCAAAAAGCAGCUGUCGACGUUCAUCUAAAAAGAAUGUUUUCGUCGGUAGCAGUACUGUCGAGGGCUCUGUCCGUUCAAAAACUAUAAGCCAUUUUCCUUUCUCAAAGCAAGACAAAAGCUGGCAUUUUCCAUCUCCACCAGUAACUUCCGAACACUGCGUCAGACGAGGUAAUCUCCUUGCUAGCGACCACAGUGAUAGCGCGAAAUAUUUCGAUGAAGGAACUUUGCUGCAAGAUUGUGAACCACUGUUUGACGACUCAACAACACGCAGUCCUUACCAAGAAAUGCGUUCACUAGCAGACGAAUACAUGAUUGAACAGGGUACCCAAGGUGAAGCCCCCGAACAUUCAGAAAGUUGUACUGAAGAACACUCCGUUGCUGUAAGCGAAUUGAAGCAAUAUUCAAAUCAAAGAUCCCAAGAAUCUCUCCUAGAAUGUCUUCGAAUGGUCAUGUCAGCAACUGUUAAUCUCUUUGCUUCGAUCAAUGCCAGCGAAGAGCAAGUGAAACACGACAAAAACAAAGACCAGCAAACAGAAAAAUUAAGUAUACAAGAAGAAGCAGUGGGUCAGAACUGUGAUCGUACAGGAACUGACGCCGAAGAAUAUUUAGGAGAACAAGCAGCCUCUCUCCCGAGGAAUGAGCGCACCACGGACACCGAGGAAGAAGACCAUACCUCGCCAGUGCAAGAAAGCCCGCGUCCUGCAUGCGGUCAUUAUCAACGGCGAUGCCUUGUCCGUUUUCCAUGUUGCGGGCGUUUCUAUCCCUGUCACAGAUGUCACAAUGAGUCGGCCGCAUGCACUGAUGACCAAGCAAGGGCCAUAAACGCUACACAUAUCAGAUGUACCGUCUGUUACCACGAACAAGUGGUAAGAUCAUGAAAUAUCUAGUUUUCAGAUUAAGAUAACGUGACAGGUUCCGGAGAUUUAUUAAUUGUACUCGACUGUACUCAAGUCAGAUCACAUAUAAACAGGAGUAAAGAAACGCGAGACAGUCCCUAGGUGUCCGUUUUAGCCAGAUCUCUGUCUUAUGGAGUCUUAAGGAGAGUUGACUCGACCCUUAGCUUCAAUCGUUUACUUUUUGUACCUGAUCAUUGUUCGACUAUGUCGCUAGAUUCACCGCGUCGAGAAUUUCGUAGUUAAAAUAUUUGAUGUCUAUAGAACACGAUUAAGUCCAUACUUCAAGUUUUUUUUACCUUUUUGUGAUGUUGUAAAUAUUGUCCCUUUCAAAACAUAGCCAGUGCAUGUUAUUAUUCUGACAAACGUUCUCAUAUUCAAAAACUUUAGAUCGAUGAAGGAAGUCAAAAGUGCCGUGGCUGUAACUUAAAACUGGCGGAUUAUUUCUGCGCAAUCUGUAAACAUUUUACCUCACUCGACAAGAAUCCAUUCCAUUGUGACAAGUGUGGCAUCUGUAGGUACGCGAAGGUGGUAUAUAGUAGCGUAGGAAAAAAUAAUAACUUGAUCUCGUUCGUGCUUAUUGACCAGCGCAGACCACAAGCGGUUUCCAAUAUCGAUACGGUAUUCCCCAAUAUUUGCUCUAGAUCGGAAUUAUGGCGACAUCAAACGAGAAUCGCCUUUAAAAUUUAGCCAAGAUGUCGAUUUAAAAAAACAAUUGAAUGAAAUCGGAAGAGCGAAACCUGUAAAGGGCAAAUCCAAAUAUUUUUUGACGUCAUAAAGUCGCUGAUGAUAUCAGUCUGCUAACAUUGACUUAUGUCUAAUGCUUUUACACUGGUACACAUAUGAAGUGUAAAGACUACAUCCUUUUAUCUGCUCCAAAUGUAACGUGGAGAGAACACGUAAUCGCCAAAGAAAGGGGCUUUGAAGGUCUUUUUGGGUUGAGGUCAUCCAUGCACUCGAAAAAUGAGAGCAAUAUACAAUCUCUACCGUUGCGAAGUAAGGGGUGACGAACAAGUAGUAAUAGUUGGGAAUUUUUAAGUCCGCCUUCCAAAAACAACCCCAUUUUUAUUAUCUCUGUACUACCAGGCGACAUCUUUGGAUUGAUAUCCUCACUUCCCGUGUACCUAAAACUUUGUCUUGGUCGGUUGAGGCAUUUCAACAAGGUCUAGUUUGUGUUCACAAGAGAUAGAAAGUGCGACUCAGCGGUAGUUGGGGGAAUCCUUAUUCCAUCUUCAAACUAACAACUCAAUGCCCCUUCCGUGGUGGUACCAGACUCUGCAACAGACGGGAUAAAAUUUAAAAAAAAAAGCAAACAAAAUCUCCUUUUUUAUUUCUUUAUGGUGCUUCUUCGUGCUGUUUGGUACAUUCGGCAACUUACCUUUCAUUAUAAUACCAGGUUUUUCAUUCAUUAAAACAAUUUAUUUUCUAACGGCACAGAAUCCAUCGUGACAAGUCUUUCCACUGUAACGUGUGCAACGUUUGCUUGGACAAAAGACUUCAAGGGAAACACAAAUGCCGACCAGACUCCGGCCAUGAUGAAUGCUGCAUUUGCCUGGAGGUAACAAAAAAAUUGUAGUUACUUAACGUAAACCUGGGUAUUCCAAAUUGACUUUAUAGCUUUUGUUUUAAAAGUUGCUAGUUUCUCUUAGCAAUUUUCCCAACGUGGUCCUGUUUUGUCCAGUUAUUUAGGCAGAUUUCUCGAUCCACUGAUUGUCUCUGCUUGUACCAGGGCAAUGGUGUAGGAUAUGAUUUAAUAUGAGAAUGAAAGAAGGAAAAAAAGCAAAGAAGGAGAUGUCUGGCAAUGAUGGAGUUCACUAAAAACGCUUUAACACAAGAUGUGCAUGGCUAUUUGUGUCUUUAAUUAGGUGGAAAAAAAAUAAACAAGUUAAAGUCAGGGUUUAACAAUUUAUUUCUUCCAUUACGAAUACGACAACGUUAGUUAGGUAUAAUUCGAAAAAAAUGCAAAACGCUCGGAUAGUUACCUCCUUAUAUACUCUCGGCACUAAGUACAAUUACACUUCUUAUUAAAUGUUAAUUAUGUUUACUCGUACAUCAACAGUGAACAACUUUUGUUUCCUUUUAAUGACAGGAUGCUUUCAGUGGCUGUCAGAUUCUCCCUUGCUCCCAUAAAGUGCACAAGGACUGUGCUAUAGCUAUGAUUCAAAACGGAAUGUGAGUAAAAAUAAAACAUAUGGAAUUUUCAAUUCCAGCUUCAAUUUUCGAGAUCUCAAAGAAAACUACCAAUGAAUGAAACGUGUAAGAUUAGUAUUUUAGACUCCCAGUAUAGCUUAUUUUGAGCUCGAAGCACAUUUUGGAAACAUUUACUAGUCUAAGCAUUCUAAGAAACAUACUUCCAUGAAAUAUCGAUCGAUCAGAAUGCAAUGAGUAGCACAGUGAAAAGAAUGAUUUCCAAAAUCUUACCCGCUCGUUCUGCUUGUUUUUUGCUCCCCCACCAAGACCUCGAUUCCAUAGUUUCUCCCGAUGGACGUCUUUUGUUUUUUGUUAAUUCCCCAUUCUAGAAACUAUACGGGGAAUAGGUAAAAACAUUCGGCACACGCAACGAUUUCUGGGAUUGUUUGGGUGGACAAAAGUUACUCAAUUACCAUUGGUUAAUGGCUGCCUUGCAUACCAUCGACCAAUCGUAACUAAGGCCUGUCCACCCAAACGACCCUAGAACUCUGAAUAUACCGAAAUCUUGUACUUACCCUCCCUAGAGAGUCUGAAGGCUCUUUUUCGUUCUUAUUGAUAUCUUUUGUUUGUUGCAGACGCACCUGCCCAAUAUGUCGCCAUCCGCUGUUCCAGCAGUCAGAGGGUUCAGAACAGUAA